ACACUAUGCGCAUGCGUGUAGAAGGGGAGGAGACCGGUGUCAACAUAAAAUUAGUGAAUUGUAUUGAUAAAAAUGAUUAGAUUUGUGUUGAUUCAGAACCGGGCUGGCAAGACUCGGCUAGCUAAGUGGUACAUGCAUUUUGAUGAUGAUGAGAAACAGAAGCUAAUUGAAGAAGUCCAUGCUGUCGUCACUGUCAGGGAUGCUAAACACACUAACUUUGUAGAGUUCCGUAAUUUUAAAAUAGUUUAUCGUCGAUAUGCUGGUUUAUAUUUCUGCAUCUGUGUGGAUGUAAAUGACAACAACUUAGCAUAUUUAGAAGCCAUACACAACUUUGUUGAAGUCUUGAAUGAAUUUUUCCAUAAUGUCUGUGAAUUAGAUCUAGUAUUUAACUUUUAUAAGGUGUAUAGUGUUGUAGAUGAGAUGUUUUUAGCAGGAGAAAUACGAGAGACGAGUCAGACUAAAGUGUUGAAACAAUUACUCAUGUUAUCAUCGUUAGAAUAAACAUUAUCAUCUUGUGGUGGAACUAUACCGGGACUUCAUUAUAACCAACAGUUUUAGGGUUUCGGUAAUACACCUCUUGUUGAGUACCAUGCUGAUCCCUUAUAGUGUCACCAGAGUUAUAUUGAGGUCCCCACAGUGAAUUAAUAUAAUUGUUCAUUUGGUUGAUAUCGUUAGGUGCAACACUAAAAAUGUUCAGUGAUUUAAUAUAGAAUUUUGAACAUUUUAAGUAACAAAUACACAAAGAUGUUAUUGCCAUGGAUUAGAUUAAAUAUAUGCAUAUUCAUAGAUACAACUAUAGAUAGAACUUUAUUGUCAAAUAAGUGAUGGAUUAGCUUUUUUUAAGAAAAAUAGUACAAUAUUAGGCUAACUUCUAAAAUCCUUCAGUUGUACGUGACAAGGAGUAAGGUCACCUGUCCAAUUUUCGUGGGUUUUCUCUGGGUCCUCCGGUUUCCUACCACUGCUAAAGACCCCUAUGCGCAAGCGAAUUAUUGAAAUAAAAUUAAACCAUAUGUUGGUCCCGAAAUGACCUAGUUUGUGUCCAGUGGAUGUUAAACCCCAUUUCUCUCUCUCUCUCUCUCUCUAAAAUCCUUUGACGCGUGGUCUGUGAUGCCAGUGGUCAGUGUGAAAGCACAUUUAAGACACAAUAUAAGAAUUUAGCACUUUCUAAAAUAGAAUCACAUUGUCACCAUUGUGAAACUGAUUUCAGAUGAAAUAACUUCAAACUAGCUAAAGAUUUUAGAAGUUAACCUUGUAAUAUAACAGUGUUUGUGAGAUUUUAUCAUAUGUAUGCAUUCUAUCUCAUUCUUAUAAUUUCACUUAAAGUAGCAAUCCCAGAUAUAUUUUUUUCCCCGGAAGUCUCAAUAUUCAAGAUAAAUAGGCUAUAUUGUCACAUUUUAGCAUAUUGACUUGGAUACUUGAACCCACUUUUAUUUAUAGUGUACUAUUAACUCUGGGCCCUUUAUUUAAACACUUUAUUCACAUUUUAUUGAUUUGGUUUGCAAAAAUGAAUAAAUUAUGUAUUCUUUAAUAAAUGAUGGAUCAUUUUCUCCAACCUACAAUGGGCAGCUCAAAUUGCCCAAUUAAUUAUAAGUCAUUGAUAUACUAGCGGACAUUGAUUAAAUACAUGUAUAUAUAUUUAUCCAUUCCAUAAAUAUCUGUUUGUUGUACACAAGGGCGUUAGUCUGUACAUUGAUUGAAAUAAUGGUACAGCCUGGUACACAAUCAUCAAAGGAAGACGUCACAUUUGUAUUUUAAAUCAGCUUACCGUAUUUGUUUUGUUAGAGAUUCUUUAGUUGAGGAUGCAGUGACUAGUAUAAUUUGAACUUAAAGAUCUUGAUGGCAGCAAAUUCGAAUAUAGGUUCUUUUUUUAGGAUUCAAGUCACGAUUUUUAUCAAGGGAAAUUUUGGCUUAAAGCAAUGGAAUUCUGACUAUGAGGGGUUUUUUUUAAGGUUCACAUGGGACCUCCAUUUUUUUCGUCCCAUCCUAAUGACUAGACACUUUGUCUUGUCAGGUCUUGCACCACGGGGGAAAGCACGGCAGGAAACCCCCGAGGAACUUUCUUGACCAAUGCCGAGAACAAGCCAUGGACCUUACUGGAUGAGCGACUCCAAAUCUGGAUAGUCUCCUGUGUUCAAUUUACUGCCAGAAAUUAUAAUCAUUGUUGAUAAAAGGUGAACAAAUAAACCGAAACAUAAUUAAAAUAAUAUCUGAUAGGUGGUGAUAGAUUUAAAGAUUAUUGUAGUAAGAAGAUAUACUCAUAUACACAUGUAUUCAUUAUUAUUAUGUCAGCCAUUAAUUUUUGGUUCUGUCUUAUUAUUAUACUUUUGUUAAAGAUAAACAGAAAUAAAUUAGUGGAAUUGUU